GCUGAAGGCUGCUGUGCUGACAGACUGAACACCUGGUCUUCAUAAUCUGCACAGAAGCCCUGAGAGCUGGACGGCUGCUCUGAGGAUCACUGAAUCACUGACAUACUGUACAACAGUGAGCGCUUGGCUGCCAGCUCUUUCUAACAGCUGAGUUGAAUGGAGGAAUCUGAGCUGCUGCUGGGUGCAAGGUCGGGGGAGAGGAGGUUGACCGACCACUGCAGAUGGAGCGCUCACGCCCUGGAGCCAAAGGAGGUGGAGGAUUUCAGACGGAGGCUCAAGUACUUCUUUAUGAACCCGUGCGAGAAGUACAGAGCCAGGGGCCGAAAACCAUGGAAACUGAUGUUACAGAUAUUAAAAAUUGCAAUCAUCACGGUCCAGUUAGUCUCUUUUGGCCUGAGCAACGAAAUGAUGGUCACGUUCAAAGAGGAAAAUCUGAUGACGUUCAGGCAUCUUUUCCUCAAAGGACACAAGGAACACUGGGAAGGAAGCUAUUCCCUGUACACAAAAACAGAUCUGUAUGAUCACAUCCAAUACCUCAUCAACAGGUACACCAAUCUCCAGAACCUGACAAUAGGUAAUCUUGCAUAUGAGAGGGUCGAUAGCCAGUACACGCCCCUGUCCAUCUGUCAAGUGCUUUACAGAAACAGCAGCAUUGAUCCUGGGAACGACACCUUCGACAUUGAUCCACAUAUUGAAAAAGAUUGUAUUUCCAUAUACCCUGAAAAGUCAGUGGACAGCAGUAGUUGGGCAACAGAUGCCAACUUCUCUUUACACUUCAAAAGGCUGCUAUCAGUAAACAUCUACCUCACUCUGAAAACCAUCAAUCUGCAGACUGUGCGGCACCACGAGCUACCAGAUUGUUAUGACUUCCAUAUACUUAUAACAUUUGAUAAUCAUGCACAGAGCGGAAAGAUAAAUGUUGACAUCAAAAAUGAAGUCAGGAUUUAUGAAUGCAGAGACUGGAACGUGGAAGGCAAGUCUGGGAAGACCGAUUAUCUCAUCUUGUCAUUUGAUUCCGUGGUCAUCCUCGCCUGCCUCACCUCUCUCAUCCUCUGUACGAGAUCCGUCCUAAAUGGCAUCCAACUCCAGUUUGAGUACAAUGUUUUCUCCCAUGUCUACUUCAACAAAAUCGUGACUUGGUCAGACCGUAUGGAGUUUGUAAAUGGAUGGUAUAUCCUUAUCAUCGUCAGCGACACACUGACCAUUGCAGGGUCAGUGCUGAAAAUCGGAAUACAGACAAAGUUCCUGACCAAUUAUGAUGUUUGCAGCAUCUUGUUGGGAACAGCCACAAUGCUUGUCUGGGUUGGUGUUGUUCGUUACCUUGGUUUCUUCAAAAAAUAUAAUAUUUUAAUCCUAACUUUGAGCGCAGCGUUUCCAAAUGUGAUCCGUUUCAGCUGUUGUGCUGCCAUGAUCUACCUUGGAUACUGUUUCUGCGGCUGGAUCGUUCUUGGACCUUAUCACGACAAGUUCCGAACACUUGACAAGGUGACAGAGUGCCUCUUCUCUCUCAUCAAUGGGGAUGAUAUGUACGCCACCUUCCUGAAGAUGAGAAACAAGAACUACAUGGUGUGGCUUUUCAGUAGACUCUACCUCUACACCUUCAUCUCCCUCUUCAUCUACAUGGUGCUCAGUCUGUUCAUCGGUCUCAUCACUGACACCUACGAAACCAUCAAACAUCAACAGAAAGACAAAGAACCAGUGUCCCAACUUCAGGCCUUCAUAGCAGAGUGCAGGGACCAGCCUGAGUCUGGAAGAUACCAGAUUGAUGAAGACACUUCAAAGUGCUGUGCAUCUCCAUGUGGUUGCUUUGGAUGAGAUGAAAAGAUGUAGUGUGAUCUGCAUGUGAGCGAACAUGGCCUCAUGUGACUGUGAAAUGGCCUACAGAGUAACAAUAAUCUGUAUGCAGGCUUUGUUUAUCUUACUGAGUGGUUCUGGGGUAUCUUCUUAUUCAAGAAAGAGCAUUUCUGCUUCAGUUUUACUUAACUUGAAGAAAACUGUAAGUUAACUUGAAGAAAACGAAUAAGUUAACCCUUUCUGGCCACACAGGGGUAGCAUAUCACAAGAACAUCGAUUUGUUAGCUCCUGGUGUAUGAUCGAAGACUUUAUUUUAAAAAAAGAAAAGAAAAAACUGGACAAACCUUCUGUAACAUCACCCGUAGGUUUUCUGAAAAGUGCUUUUGAAGUAUCUUUUUCAUUUCUCUGCAAUUUGCCAUUGUGGUAGGAACUGAUGCCGCCCCGAUCCAGGUUAACCCAUUACGCACAUCCUAUUUUCAAUGUCCAUCUGCUUCUCUGCUUCAUUAGCUCUUCCAUCUGGAGUGGAACGGGUUAAUCCAAAAAUUGGUGGACCUAGGUGUGGAAGCAGGCUGGAAUAAACUCAGCUCAGCUCAGUUACCAAACGUGCAAGCUCAUGAUAAUGACAUAUUACUUUACAUUCAUUCUGAUCAAAUCUGUCCAAAGGUCAUUAUUUUAGAUGUUACUACCCAAACAACAUCCGAAAUAAGUGCUGCAAGAGCUGAAAUGAGGACUAGUGACGCUUUGCUGGGAGACACACUUGUGUGCUAGUCCAAUCACUAGCUGGCUGCGAUCGCCUUCUGGUUUAAAGAGGUUUCUUCCACCCUUGUCCUCAGCGCCCACUAUCCCGCAUGUUUGAGAUGUUUCAGCUUACAGCCGUCCUCCGCGACCUGAGGACGGCUGUAAGCUGAAACGCGUCCGAUUCUCUGCUGCUGUGCAGUGAUUUAACCAUGCAUUAAAAGUUUUGUACUUACAGUGAGUGCUGUCGGAUUUUGAUUUUUUGAUAUAUUAAGUGUGCCAUAAAGGGAUAAACAAUUUUCCCUACAUCUUCGGGCACCACUAGAAAAUUGUGAAAAUCAUAUGACCAUUAUGUGUGUGUUUUGGACACAGCACUGGUUUAUAUCAGACUAGAGAGCAGGAUGUAGCAUCUUGUUGAUACAGCAGAGCUACUGUAUAUGCCCCCCAUGUGGUCAGAAGUGGUAUUGUUACAUAGAGCGGUUUUAGUCAUUAUUCUUCAGUUCAAUUAUAUAAAAAGGUACUACUUGCUAGCUGUUUUUGUUACCGUGUGUUCAAACAGAAGCGUUGGUGGUUGUGACAUGUCUUUGUCAAACCAUAAACCAAUCAAAUUUCUUCAUGUUCGCUAGACAAAUAAGCCACACUUUGAAGAUGUUCUGGCUCCAUGUACAAUUUCAGUGACCAGCACUAGCUGCAGAGCCACAAUUUGAUUGACAGAUGCUCGCUUUGAAGCAGCACAAGUUGAAACUCUUGGUUGAAGCUAUGCAUGGAACCCAUAAUUUAGUUCAGCAACGCUUGACAUCACUCCUUUCAAAGCGAAUGAAGGGUGACACUCAGGAUGCUUUCAUUGUCAUUAGUCAACACUAACUUUCAGAGUUGGAUGUUUCCAAACUCUUUCCCACAGUUGGAAUUUCCACACAAAACAACAUGAUUUUCUUGCGUAUCAAUGAGCACUGGAGUAGACUGCUUCUGUUGGAAUUCCUGUUUGGUGUGUAUAAAUCUGAA